AUGGUCAGGAGUUUCCUCCGGGGCUGCCGGGCGAGGUCCUCUGGUCACUCAGCUCGAUCUGGCGGGUACGGCUGUAGCAGGUUCCUGUUGCCGGUCAGAGCGAGCUCGCUACUGUCGCACAUAGCCGCCGUGGACAUGAAAUGCUGCCACUUCGUCGUGACCACCUUGACGGCUGUGUGCCUCAGAUUGCUUGUAUCCAAUGUGAUACUAUUUGCUGCAACUACUCACGUACCGCCUUCUCCGACGCCUACGGGUGGAGACAACAACGAUGCCGCUCCCCAGCUAGCAGACGGGGUCGCGAGCGGUGUCGGGACUGUUGCCUACGACGCCGGUACUGUACACGUUGCCCCCCUUGGACUCGCCCGCCCUGUUACUUUGCCUGGCACCGGCACAACAACGUACGGCGAGCUUAUGGUGAAUGUUUUGAGAGACGAGGCAAGGGAGCUACGGCGAAUGUGGGGAUGCGAAGAGAGUUACAUAGUGGAGAACGCCGGCCGCCAGAUACUACGGCACGACAGUCCACCCACACAGUCUGAUGUCAACGAAUGGGUCGCCAGGGCUCGCUACCGGUACCGGCACCGAUUUGAGUCACGCCUGGGGGAAGCCGCCAAUCUCGAGAGGCAGGCAACCGCGCUUGCAGACUUGCUUCGGGCAGAGGGGGUUCACGUGGCGCAGACGGAGUCUCCGCCACCAAGUAGUUCGAGCGCGAUCGCUGAGACGCCUGCCGCGGGCACCGCAGAAGCAUCAGCGCCUCUCCCGGGGCCUGCGCCUAGCGUGGUUCCAUAUGUGGUCGCUGGACUUGCGAGUGUGAGGGCGGACGCCCAAAAGCUCCGCACGCAAAUUGAGGACCAUGAGCGAUCGAUUUCGACAGCAAUUGCAAAACGCAUGUUCGAGUCGCCCACAGUACACCCGACGGAUAGCAAUGUGGCAUACUGGUCCCGACGAGUACGAGUCGAGGCGCGUGUAAGGGACGGACGGCAGGCAAAGUACGCCGAGGCGCUGGAAGCCCAAGCAGCUCGAGCUCAGCGUUGGCUAUCGUCAGGAGUCUGGGAGAUUGCCGCGGAAUCCUCCAGCGGCGCAAGCGCUCCUGCGGGCCCUGGCGCUCAUUCGGUUACAGUCGGCUGUGUACAAGCUCGCGGCCCGCGAAGUGCCCCAUAUAAAUCAGCCCGGCUCGGCGGGAGAGGGGUCUUUGGCCCCACUGGGCGGACAACGGGGUGCUCGGCGGCUGGGCCGCAAGCGUGUGACAUACGAUUGCUGAAUAGAGCAGGUCAGCUAAAGAAGACAUGGGAAGACAGGGAGACGUUCGUACGGGAAUACAUUGCAGCUCGAAUGCUCCGACAAGGCACACGGAAUCCAUCGGCAAAGGAUGUUAGAAGGUGGAGACGAUCUGGGAUUUGUAGGUAUUGCACCCAAGCGCGGGACCGCCUGCAGCGUGCACAAAGCUUGGUUGACGAAGCCGAAGCUCUGCGGGCCCGUCUGGAAGCGAGUGGGGUGGCGGUCCCGCAUCUGGAAGAAGGCGGCGGAACAGGACCUGGUGCCUCCACUACUCCCGACCGACCGGAGCACACGCUGACGUUCGCAGAGCUUGCCAUUAUCAAGAUAAAGGAGGAGGCCCGUCGACUGCGGCAAGAAUGGGGUCGCGGCGAAGGCAUCUACGUCGCUCAGCAUGUGGCACACAACAUGUUAUACAACAGCGACUACAGUCCAACGGAUGCCGUGCUGCGGAGCUGGCAGAGCACAGCGACAAAGAAUUUCCGACGGCGCGUCGCCGCACACCUGGAAAAGGCUUCGAGGCUGGAAGCUCAAGCCGUGAACCUCGAGAGCGAGCUUGUGUCUGCCAUUUCAGAGUCACGGGGCCCGCAGGCGUCGCCUCACGCUGAGACCGAGUCCGAUGAGCGCAGUCAAGCACCAACAGGCCAGAGACACAAACGUGCGCGAGAGCCGCCCCCGGCUCCUCCUGACGACCCGGGCGAGGGGCCGUCACGACGCCGUCCAGGUCCACCGGCAUUGCCGCUCUGGUUUUCACCAGUUACGUCUGUGACCGUGUCGCGUCCGUCUUGGCUCACCAUGAAACCGCCGACGGCACCACAGCCCCGCCUCCGGUCCACGACUCCACUUCAUCUGGAAGGCCAGGCAGCGGCGCCUCCCGCUUCAGCGGCGACCUCGCAGGCUUCGCCGGUCGCGCGAGUUCACGUGACCGAGGCGGCAGGUGCCAGGCCAUCCGGCGUCUCGGUCGUAAGACGCCGUCUUCGCCGCGAAGCUGACAGCAGUGCCUCAAGGUCGGAAUCGCCGCAUCCGCAUCCCAAGAAGAAGUGGCUGUUAGCGAGCGUUGAGAUGUCCGCGCCCCGGCCACCAUCACCCCACGCACUCGGAGUCAGCCAGCACCUCCCGGAACAGUCCAAAGCAGGACCAGCAGCAGCAGAGCCAGUGUCCUCUGUUGCUGCACACGAAUCGAGAGUAACUACGCCCAGGCCCUUGUAUAGUCACUGGGCUCUGCGCUCGUUGCCGCUGAAGAAGCGACCGCCUCGCGAAAGGUAA